CACACACUGGCUGCGGUGCACCAGAGUACAAGGAAGUGUGUGUGUGUGUGUGUGUGUGUGUGUUCUCUCUCUCACUCACUCUCAUUUCCUGAAUCCGGCUCCUCUGAUCGACAUGGACGAAGACAGAGUCACAAACUUCACCCCGGUGAACUGAAGAAGAUGAAGCUCGAAGCUCAGCGCCAGCCUGUCGCGUUCUGACGGCACCCACCAAUGGGCGGAGGGCGUGGGGCGGAGCCAGCAUGAGUGCAGACAUGCUAUUGGAGGAGACGCUCAUCAAGCGCUCGCAGCAGAAGAAAAGGACGUCGCCGCUGAACUACAAGGAGAGACUGUUCGUCCUCACCAAGAGCCGGCUGACGUACUACGAUGGCAAAGCAGAGAAGAAGUUCCGGAGAGGCUCGAUCGAGCUGAGCCGCGUCAGGUGUGUGGAGAUCGUGAAGAACGGAGGAGGAGUCAUCCCCUGCCAGAACAAAUACCCCUUUCAGGUGGUGUACGAUACCAACACACUCUAUGUCUUCACUCCGAGUCACGACAGCAGAAGUAUCUGGGUCCAGAGCCUGAAGGAGGAGAUAAACAACAACCCAGUGGUCUUGACGAAGUUUCACCCCCAGUUCUGGCUGGAGGGGGCGUGGCUCUGCUGUCGCCAGGCGGAAAAACAGGCCCCGGGCUGCGAGGAGUACAACCCGUUUGGGGACAUUUCGAGAAAACCUUUACCCCCGAUUCCUGGAGAGGAACGUAAAGAUGGGAGGCGGCGGCGGACCCAUCUUCCCCUCCCCCCGACUCCGCUCGGUGAUGACUACGAUGAUGUGGAUGACGACCACGGCGGCAGCGGCGAUGAUGAUGAUGAUGACGAGGAGGAGGUGGUGGUGGCUCUGUACGACUUCCCGGGCACCGAGUCGCACGACCUGAGCCUGGUUAGAGGAGGCGAGUACGUGAUCCUGGAAAAAUGUGAUGUCAACUGGUACAAGGCGCGCAACAAGUACGGUGAGGAAGGCUACAUCCCAAGUAACUAUGUGACGGAGAAGAAAUCUGGAAACCUGGUGCAGUUUGUCUGGUACAGUAAACAAGUCAACAGGAACAAGGCAGAGGAGCUGCUGAGGAAGGAGGACAAAGAAGGAGGGUUCAUCGUCAGGGACUCCAGCUCUCUAGGAACCUACACUGUCUCGGUGUACGCCAAGUCCACCGCAGGGGAGGGAGGUGCGGCUAUAAAACAUUACCACAUCAAGGAGACGCAAGACUCGCCUCCUCAGUUCUACCUGGCGGAGAAACACUUGUUCAGCUCCAUCCCCGACCUGAUCGAGUACCACAAGCACAACGCAGCAGGCCUUGUGGCGAGGUUGAGGUACCCCGUCAGAAAACAGGACAAGUGGGCUCCGUCCACCGCUGGAUUCAGCUACGAGAAGUGGGAGAUCAACCCCAGCGAGCUGACCUUCAUGAAGGAGCUGGGCAGCGGCCAGUUCGGUCUGGUGCGGCUCGGCAAGUGGAGGGCUCAGCACAAAGUGGCCAUCAAGGCCAUCAGAGAGCGCGCCAUGUACGAGGAGGACUUCAUCGAGGAGGCCAAGGUCAUGAUGAAACUGUCGCACCCCAAACUGGUGCAGCUGUACGGCGUGUGCAGCCAGCAGCGACCCAUCUACAUCGUCACCGAGUUCAUGGAGCAGGGCUGCCUGCUGAACUUCCUCCGGCAGCGACGGGGCAGCUUCGGCCUGGGGUCCCUGCUGAGCCUGUGCCUGGACGUCGGCGAGGGCAUGGAGCACCUGGAGGCCAACGGCUUCAUCCACAGGGAUCUGGCUGCCAGAAACUGUUUGGUGAACGACGCUCUUGUGGUGAAGGUGUCCGACUUCGGCAUGGCCAGGUACGUGUUGGACAACCAGUACACCAGUUCGUCAGGGGCUCAGUUUCCCGUGAAGUGGUCGCCGCCUGAAGUCUUCAACUUCUGCAAGUACAGCAGCAUGUCGGACGUGUGGUCGUACGGCGUGUUGAUGUGGGAGAUUUUCACCGGGGGCCGUAUGCCGUUUGAGCAGCAUCAGAACCAUGAGGUUGUUACCAUGGUGACCCAGGGUCACCGUCUGUACAGGCCCAAGAUGGCCACGGCCACCAUCUAUGACAUCAUGCAGCUCUGCUGGCACGAGCGACCGGAGGAACGUCCAUCGUUCUCGCAGCUCUGCGCGAUGAUGUACGACGCUCUGGAGGGCGACGUCCUCCCCAACGACGGCGUCGAACAGCUGGACUGACGGCGGCGCUACGUUACAUUCACGAGGCAAACUGCUGCUCCAGUACGACGAGAGACGUAAAACAUCUUAAAAUACUGUUGAGAUAAAUAAAUGUUGCACAACUCUAGAUGACAUUCUCAUGAAAAAGAAUGCUAUUACUGAUUAUUAAGAUCAGUCUACAGCAAUGAUCCCAACAAUGGGUCAGAGGAUGAACAGGGCUAAUAUAAAAAUUCUUAUUUGUCCAGUACUUUGUCAAAAUAUUGCUCUUUGUAUAUAGUAACCGACCGACCGAACUAACACAAAGUCCUCAAGACUGUUUUUAUAAUGUGUUGUAUGUCAGUGCAAUAAAGGAAAUAAAAUUUCAAAAGUC